AUGCGGCUGCCCGGCUGCCCGGCGCUCGGAGCCCGAGGCACGCCCUGCGCGUGGGAGCAGCCGCGAGAGCCGGGUCUCCUCCCCACCUGGCGGGCAGCUGACUUCAUAAAAGUGGCCCCCAGGAGCCGCGGCAGCUGUGGAGAAGCGGAGGAUGAGCGCGGCGCGUGGACCGGCGCAUCCCGGGGGCCGGCGGGGCCACAGGGCCGGGGACAGAAGCCCAAGCAGCGCAGCCGGCACAAGGAGACGUACUGCAUGUGCAUCUACAAGGUGCUCAAGCAGGUGCACCCCGACAUCGGCAUCUCUUCCAAGGCCAUGAGCAUCAUGAACUCAUUUGUGAACGACGUGUUUGAGCAGCUGGCAGCCGAGGCGGCCCGGCUGGCCCAGUACUCGGGCCGAACCACCCUGACAUCCCGCGAAGUCCAGACAGCCGUGCGCCUGCUGCUGCCUGGGGAGCUGGCCAAGCACGCCAUGUCCGAGGGCACCAAGGCCCUCACCAAGUACACCAGCUCCCAGUGAGCCCGGCAGACAUGAAUAAACGGUGA